AUGGGUAACAAUACCUCCAAACCCAAAGAUCGAGGCAAGGCGCCGGCGUUCAUCCGCACGGACACGUCCAACUCUGCCAAGUCGUCCAAGCUGAUCCGCUCGCGCAUCUCACUCGGCAAAAAUGACAGCGAUGCGUCCUCCUUCCGCACAGCCAACGAUGGGCCCACGGCACCACACACCCCCAUCGUCUCGCGCAAGAACUCUUUCGCGUUCGAGCCGAUCAAUCAUAGCGUCACGACCGGACCCACUCUCUCGCAGAACGACACCACCACUACCGGGGCGUUGCCCCCGUCGAUGCAGCAGAUGCAGCCCAAAGAGCCGAUCUUGUUGCGGCGUAACACCGACACGGACUUGCCGCGCCCUGUGACCCCUGGCGGCGCAGCGUCACUCAUCACCGGCUCGGCUUCCAUUCACGGAAGAACAGCCGCAGACCUCAUCCAACGCCUCUUGGACGCGGGCUACUCCGGAAAGCGAACCAAAAAUCUCUGCUUAAAGCUCUCUGAGAUCGCCACGAUCUGCGCCAAGGCCCGUGAAAUCUUUCUCAGCCAGCCGCCGUUGCUAGAGUUGACCCCGCCCGUCAAGAUUGUCGGCGAUGUGCACGGCCAGUACAGCGAUUUGAUCCGGAUCUUUACCAAGUGCGGCUUUCCCCCGGCCGCCAACUACCUCUUCCUCGGGGACUAUGUCGACAGGGGCAAGCAGUCCUUGGAAACCAUCUUGUUACUUCUCUGUUACAAGAUCAAGUACCCCGAGAACUUUUUUCUUUUGCGCGGGAACCAUGAGUGUGCGAACGUAACGCGUGUCUACGGGUUCUACGAUGAGUGCAAGAGACGGACAAACAUCAAAACGUGGAAGAUCUUUAUCGACACGUUCAAUACGUUGCCUAUCGCGGCCACUGUCGCCCAGAAGAUAUUUUGUGUGCACGGCGGCCUUUCACCGGUGCUCAACUCUAUGGACGAGAUCCGCAACAUUGCUAGACCGACGGACGUGCCCGACUUUGGCUUGCUCAACGAUUUGUUGUGGUCGGACCCUGCCGAUACUACCAAUGAGUGGGAGGACAACGAGCGCGGGGUUAGCUAUGUGUUUUCGAAGGUGGCGAUCAACAAAUUUUUGUCAAAAUUCAGCUUUGAUUUGGUUUGUCGUGCGCACAUGGUGGUGGAAGACGGGUAUGAGUUUUUUAACGAUCGGUCGUUAGUGACGGUGUUUAGCGCGCCGAACUAUUGCGGCGAAUUUGACAACUGGGGUGCUGUGAUGAGUGUGAGUGACGGGUUGUUGUGCUCGUUUGAGUUGUUAGAUCCGUUGGAUAGCGUGGCGUUAAAGCAGGAGAUGAAGAAGGGGAAGCAUGAAAGGAGGGCCGCAUCGUUUUCAGCGGGAAACCCAUAG